ACGAGGUCUUCGCGGUACUUGAGAAGGGUAGUCAUAUGGUUAUAUAUGACUGCUGUUUCCCUCUUAACGAAGACAAUGCUCCUCUAGCUGAACUUAUCUACGAUCACGUGGAUAUACAAUUUCACUUAACUCAAGACGACGAUGAGCUCAAACUAAUAGGAUGUGGUCUAAGACUCUCUGAAGCCGAUAGUGAUCUAGGCAAUGACAUUGAUUGCAGUGAAGAGUGGGAAGACUGUAACGAUAGCGAUCUUGGCAGUGAAUCUGAUAAGUUCAUAAGAGGCAGAAGAAGACACGUGCAAGUGAGGAGGCACGAAAGCUGGAGAAGACCAAAUGGUAUUGAGUCCCGGGUGAGAAAAAAGUUCAAAGGUGUCACCUUGAUGCCCAAUGUUGGUUACGGGUCUGACAAGAAAACCUGCCACUAUCUUCCCAAUGGAUUCAAGAAAAUUGCUGUUCACAACGCCACUGAGCUCGAGUUACUGUUGAAGUGGUUGGAGUCUAAUGAUGGAGUGGAUUGCUUGUGUUCAAGAACUUCAUUGGUGAUUGAUAAUCCCGGAUUGUCACCACCUCGUCAAGAAGUAGAGAGAAGAAUGCUAUCCAUGGAUUCAAAAGUCGGAGGUUGCAGAGAAUCGCGAGGCGCUGGAGAUCUUUCAACUGAAGAACGAGCUCAAACAUUGCAGACAGGAGAAAUGUGGAGUCGUGCCAUUUUUCAACGAUUCAGGUUUCGAGCUUUCUCUAUAUCUCACGUUAUCCAUGGGAAAUGCUACAGAAAUUUCUCAGUUAUUGUGGAGUUUCAGAAUCGCGAAGUUUUGAUAUGUAAUCACUUGUUGAAUCGAAGACUCGACGAGGCACGAGAGAUUUUCAAUCAGGUUCCAUCUCCGCAUGUGAGCCUUUACACCAAGAUGAUUACGGGAUACACGAGGAGUAAUAGAUUGGUUGAUGCGUUGAAUCUGUUCGACGAAAUGCCUUUUGCUAAAGUAGACGAUGCCUUGAAGUUGUUUAAGCAAAUGCCUCGGAAGAAUGUGAUUUCGUGGACGACAAUGAUCUGUGGUUUAGACCAGAAUGGGUGGACCGGAGAAGCUCUCGUUUUGUUCAAGAACAUGUUGGGUUGUUGCAUAAAAUCGACUUCCAGAACAUUCACUUGUGUAAUCACCGCCUGCGCGAAUUCUCCAGCGUUUCAUAUGGGGAUACAAGUUCAUGGCUUGAUCAUCAAGACGGGGUUUUUAUAUGAAGAAUAUGUAUCUGCUUCGCUCAUAACUUUUUAUGCAAACUGCAAAAGAACAGAGGAUUCUCGGAAGGUGUUUGACGAGAAGGUUCAGGAACAAGUUGCUGUGUGGACUGCUCUAUUGUCAGGGUAUAGUCUGAACAGAAAGCAUGAAGAUGCGUUAAAUGUUUUCUCCGAGAUGAUGAGAAACGGUAUCUUACCAAAUCAAUCAACAUUUGCUAGCGGAUUAAACUCUUGCUCUGCUUUGGGAACAUUGGAUUGGGGUAAGGAGAUACAUGGAGUUGCUGUGAAGCUCGGUUUAGGAACUGAUGCCUUUGUGGGUAAUUCUCUUGUUGUGAUGUACAGCGAUUCUGGAAACGUUAACGAUGCCGUUUCAGUGUUCACAGAAAUCUUCAAGAAGAGCAUUGUGUCAUGGAAUUCCAUUAUUGUUGGCUGCGCACAGCAUGGGCGUGGAAAGUGGGCGUUUGUCAUAUUUGGUCAAAUGAUUCGCCUAAACAAAGAGCCAGAUGAGAUAACUUUCACUGGCUUGCUCUCUGCUUGUAGCCAUUGCGGGUUCCUACAGAAAGGAAGAAAGCUGUUCUAUUACAUGUCAAGCGGACUAAAUCAUAUCGAUAGAAAGAUUCAACACUACACUUGUAUGGUUGAUAUCUUGGGAAGAUGCGGGGAAUUGAAAGAAGCAGAAAAACUUAUCGAGAGCAUGGUUGUGAAACCUAAUGAAAUGGUUUGGUUGGCUUUACUUAGUGCUUGUAGGAUGCAUUCUGAUGUAGAUAGAGGCGAGAAAGCUGCUGCAGCCAUUUUUAAUCUGGACUCAAAAUCUAGCGCUGCUUAUGUCUUGUUGUCAAAUAUAUAUGCUUCUGCUGGUAGAUGGUCGAAUGUAUCGAAAUUGCGAGUUAAGAUGAAGCAGAAGGGGAUUAUGAAGAAACCCGGGAGCAGUUGGGUAGUGAUUAGAGGGAAAAAGCACGAGUUUUUCUCCGGUGAUCGUCCACAUUGCUUGAGAAUAUUUGAGAAGUUGGAGUUUCUGAGAGAGAAGUUGAAGGAACUGGGCUAUGUUCCUGAUUAUAGAUCUGCUUUACAUGAUGUUGAAGAUGAACAGAAAGAAGAGAUGUUGUGGUAUCACAGUGAGAGGCUUGCUAUUGCGUUUGGGUUGAUUAAUACAGUUGAAGGAAGUACAGUGACAGUGAUGAAAAAUCUACGAGUUUGUGAAGAUUGUCACACAGUGAUUAAGUUAAUCUCCAGAGUUGUGGGACAAAUGGGUAAGGAUAUUGUCCGUACUCAGUCCGUUGAGCCUGGAGAACGGGAAUUCCUUGUGGAUUUGAAGGAUAUUUGCGAUGUACUUGAAGAUAACACUGGUACUAAGAAGCAGAGCAAACUUGAGAAGUUGUGGGAAGGAGUUCAUUCACUUGCAGGGCUCAGGAAUAUGGAUUUACGGGGAUCUAGAAACCUGAAAGAAAUCCCAGAUCUUUCGAUGGCCACUAAUCUCGAGACACUUAAACUCAGCAGCCAAACAGCGGAAAUUCCCUCUAAUUUGCGUCUACAGAAUUUCGAUGAGCUUAUAUUGUGCGAAAGAGUGCAGCUGCGUACACCUCUCAUGACCAUGCUUUCUCCCACUCUGACGAGACUCGGGAACCACGUUGAUUCUACUGAUUUUCCAGGAUACUUCAGAACAACAAAUUUGGGUGCUCAUCUGGUUAUCUUUGACUGUUGUUUUCCCUUAAACGAAGACACUACUACUUUUCUGGAUGGUCAAUUCAACUACAAUCACGUGGAUAUACAGUUUCGUCUCACGAAUAGCAACUCUCAGCUCAAAUUAAAAGGAUGCGGUAUUCUACUUUCUGAAGAUUUUCCAUCCCUGGAUAACCAACCUUGCAGUCCAAAUAUUCUUCCAGAUGUUUGUGAAGAUAGCGCUGUAGAGAGGAGUUUCCGAACUAAAAUGCGGACUAAGAUGCGUAUGAUUAUUGAAGUUGCAAGCAUCGUUGUAAGAUCUAAUGAAGAAGCUAGGAAGGGAGACAUUCGUGAGAGCAGAGAAUAUGGAAAAGAUUAAUUUUUUGUCAACAAAAGAUUUUGUGAGUGGGAAUGAGAAUGAAGAGUGAGGAGAGAAUGGUGUAGAGACGGAGGGAAGAAGGAAUCGAAAGCAGGUAAUCAUGAACUUAACAUUCUCUGUGUUAUGUGUUUAUUUUCCAAGAGUAAUGCGGAAAAGCAAUCUAUAGAAUAAGUUCACAUUGGAUUG